AUGUCUGCUCCAGCACCCAGCAAGGCUGUUGCCGAGGCUCAAAAGGCCGGUGCGCCUACUGUGGACCUUUCGACCCUACCAGAUGUAUCAGACAUUCGGCCGGAAACUAUAACCGAGAAUGUGAAUAAAAUCAAUUCCAGAUGCCCUGAUGAACGGAUGAAGUUCGUUCUUUCUCGGUUAACCCACCAUAUCCACGAGUUUGUUCGGGAGACAAGCUUGACGACAGAGGAAUGGAUGGCAGGAAUUCAGUUCUUGACAGCAACGGGCCAAACCUGCACAGAUAUCCGACAGGAAUUUAUUCUUCUUUCCGAUGUCUUUGGAAUCUCUGCGCUCGUAGACGCCAUCGAUCACCCUAAAGUGGGUAACUCGACUGAGGCUACUGUGCUCGGCCCAUUCUUUACCGAAGACGCACAUGACAUCCAACAUGGCGAGAGCAUAGCAUCGGAGAACAAGGGCGACUAUUUGUACGUGUCUGGAAAAGUGGUUGGCAGCAAGGGAGAGCCCGUGGCCAACGCCAUCGUGGACACUUGGGAGACGGAUGACCAAGGGCGAGCACUCCUUUCACUGUACGAGAACCGUACCGAGCCUGACUGCCGUGGCCGUCUUCGUACUGGACCGAAUGGCGAAUAUGCGUUCCGUGCCGUGGUGCCGGUCGCUUAUCCUAUUCCUAGCGACGGGCCUGUGGGGAAACUCCUGGCAAAGCUCGAGAGACAUGUGUACAGACCCGCUCAUCUUCACGUCAAGAUCCAGGCCGAGGGCUAUGAUACCUUAAUUACGACUGUAUUCCCCCGCGGUGACCCGUUCUUGACAUCCGAUGCCGUAUUUGGCGCAAAGAAAUCGCUGAUUGUGGAUCUGAAGGAUGUGGAUGACGAAGCGCUAGCGCGGAAACGAGGCAAGUUUGUACAAGGAAGUAAAUUCAAGGAGCUGGAGUUUGAUUUCGUUUUGGUCAAGAAAGAAGACGCCGAUGCUGCACGCAAAGCGCGUGCUGAGGCAAGCGCUGCCAAAAUCUAG